AUGGCUCUGGCGUUCGACGAGUAUGGGCGGCCCUUCAUUAUACUGAAGGAGCAGGAGCAGAAGACCCGGCUGCGGGGUCUCGAGGCUCAGAAGGCCAACAUCGCGGCCGGCAAGGCCAUCGCCCGCAUCCUCCGCACCUCCCUCGGGCCUAAAGGCAUGGACAAGAUGCUUCAGUCCCCCGAUGGCGACGUCACCAUCAGUAAGAAACCCCUUAUGUCUCUUCAGUCCCCCCUCCAUUUCCUUCUGCCUCUUGUCCGACGCAGGCUUAUUUUUCUUAAUGUCUUGGUGUUCUUCACCUAUAGAGCUGACGCCUCGCUGCUGUUCUCUUCGAUGUUUGUGGCACUUUCUGCGCGUUAGGGUUUAGUGAUCAUGGUAUUUAUUUGAUCACGAUACUUACUGUUUUCUCACUUCCAUGUUCCGUUUUUCUCCAGUUUUUUUAAGUUGUCUUCUUUGUCCAUCCGUCUUUUUGGCUCCCCCGUUGGGAUCUUUCUGUCUUCGAUUCGGUUCGUGCGGAAAGGCAAGCGUAAAGUCUCAUAUUUUAUGGAGACUAUACUUCUGAAAGAUGCCUACCUCUGACGCUAACGAGUUGCUGUCAUUGUUUUCUGCCCAUUGAAGCGUGUUGUUGCAUGCUGUUUAGCUUAUUGCACUUUUGAUGUUAAAGGUUCUUUUACAUUUGUGUCGAAAAUAUGAUUGUCUUAAUGAACGUAUCCAUUCAGCAAAUGGCAUCAACUUUAACUUGUUCAAGCUUAUAGAUCAGUUUUUUUAAUGUAAUUGCUUUGUAUGUUCUGACAGUCUUUUUGAAUUUCUGCAGCAAAUGACGGGGCAACGAUUCUGGAACAGAUGGAUGUUGACAAUCAGAUUGCCAAGUUGAUGGUUGAGUUAUCACGGAGCCAGGACUAUGAAAUUGGUGAUGGUACGACUGGUGUUGUUGUUUUGGCUGGUGCUCUGUUGGAACAGGCUGAGAAGCUUCUGGAACGUGGGAUUCACCCUAUUAGGGUAGCCGAGGGCUAUGAGAUGGCAUCUAGAAUUGCUGUCGAGCAUAUGGAAAAGAUCUCACAGAAAUUUGAGUUUAGCAUAACAGAUGCGGAGCCUUUAGUGCAGACUUGUUCAACUACGUUGUCCUCCAAGAUGUAAGCAUUGCUGAGUCUGCUUCCAUGCACGAAAUAUUGUUUUUCCCUUCCAGAAUCUUGAUGUCAACCUCUGUUGUGCGGCGUUAGUGAUCACAAUUGAUUUGUAAAGAUGGUUUUCAAUCAUUUCCCAGUUUCUACAAAAACAAUGUUGGCCGCAUAUCUUGUAUUUAACCUCCUUUGCAGGAUUCCUUCGGAUUGAACCUCCUUUGAUGUUGGUCGCAUAUCUUGUACUAAUGUGAAUUGGUGAUUUAAUUGGUUCUGCUUAUUUUAGCAUUCAAUCACCCAUUAUAAAAUUAUGGCAACUGGAUACGUUUUGAAUUCCAAGUGCUUAGUACUUCCCCGUAUUAGUCUUGCUGUCUUUAAAAUCAUUAUGUUUUUUUGACGAAUCUCUUGGCUGAUAUUCAGUCACAUGUGUAAAAGUUGAUGAUGAAACGAAUACCCGUUGAUAGUCAUGAUUGAUUGAUCGAUGAUUUGAUUAUUAGUUUAUUUAUCAUUUUUAUGAAAAAUAAGAUCACGUCAUGCUAAGCUUGUGCCCAUGCCCGUUGAUCUUUCCUUGGAGCUGUAGGAGGAGAAUUCUGUUUAUUUAUUAACUGUUUAUCUUUUUAUUUGAGGACCGUUUUCAUGCUUUCUGUGUCCCCGUUAGACCUAUGAAUUCCUUUCUGUCGGUGCAUUAUUUUUUGGUGUUUGAUAUAAAAUAUCGACCUAUAAAUAUUUUGACCGGAACCAGAUGUUUUGUUGAAAACUUAAUAGACUCUUGCUGUGUGUUUGGUUGAUAUACAUUGGUUUUUGUUUCUUACUAUUAUGAUUGAGUUGAUGCUCUGCAUUAGUGUUUCAGUGACGUAAUCUGAGCAGCUUUUGACUUAAACUACAUGAACUAUCUUUUGACUAUUUUAAUUGUUCUAAUAUAUGAUCACACAUAUAAUAAAUGUGGCCUCCUGUCCUAUAUGACUACGAAGAAAAUUGGCUUUUUAUGGAUGUUCCAUUGUACUUGAGUAAUUACCUAAACCUUACUGUCGUGCUUCAUAGAUAUUCAGCUAAUUCUUUGCCACCUUUUCCUCUCGAUGCUUGUAUUACUGGGAAUCUGUUUUCCAUUAUUAAUCUAGUGAUUCAUAUUCUCAUCUUAUGGCUAUAUUGACAUGCAAUUAGAAUGAUACCUAGGAUCGCAGAUUCAUAUUCCAUUUUAGAAUGAUACCUCUCCCAUCUCACAUGAUAUACUUUUGUGUGUUGGAAAAGGAAUGGGGACGAAGCAUAAAAAGCAUAAGGUCGCAGAUUCUGAUGUGUAACAAAAUAAACAGAAUUCUGAUGCCCUACCCAAUGUGUAACAAAAUAAUGCAAUUCUGAUGUGUAUAUUUCUUGUUUUAUUUUUUAUCAUUUAUUUUUAAUCAAAAUGCCCUACCCAAUGCAGUGUAAGUCGUCGAAAGCGUGAUUUAGCAGCAAUUGCUGUUGAGGCUGUUCUAGCUGUCGCAGAUUUAGAGAGGAAGGAUGUCAAUUUGGAUUUAAUUAAAGUCGAAGGGAAGGUAGGAGGGAAACUAGAAGAUACAGAGCUGAUCCAUGGAAUUAUUGUUGACAAGGAUAUGAGUCAUCCUCAGAUGCCAAAGAGAAUUGAGGAUGCAAAAAUUGCUAUAUUAACUUGUCCAUUUGAGCCCCCAAAGCCGAAGACAAAGCAUAAGGUCGACAUUGACACUGUUGAGAAGUUCCAGACCUUGCGUCAACAGGAGCAGAAGUAUUUUGAUGAGAUGGUUCAGAAGUGCAAGGUAACUCUUUUUUUUUCGUUUUAUCUUUUCAUAAUUGGAGUGUGGUGCAAUUGGAUUUUGCUUAUCAUCUAAUUUUUUGUAUAGGAGAAUUAUUUUUGGUGUAGUUUUUAUAUGUAGAAAUGGGAAGGCUCAUUUCUACUGUAACAAUUUUCAAUCCUUUUCCACUCUUUAGUUUUUGGAUUAGUGGCCUUAAAAUUGUCUCCGAAAUAAUUUUUGGAGUCCUCUAAAGCUUUAAGCUUAGGUGGAGACCCAGAUUUUUUUUUCUUAUGUGCAGCAAUUAGGCUACGUGGAAAUUCGUCAACCUUAGUUUUGGUUUCAUUGUCUUGCAGGACGUGGGCGCAACUCUUGUAAUAUGCCAGUGGGGGUUUGAUGAUGAAGCCAAUCAUCUCUUGAUGCAUCGUAAUUUACCUGCAGUUAGAUGGGUUGGUGGUGUAGAACUGGAAUUAAUUGCCAUAGCCACAGGUUUGCUUCAGUAUUUAUCUACGCUCUAUGAUACCAUCAUUAUUCAUUAUGUGAGUGGUAGAUCAAGAUGUGUCAUACAUUUCAACUAAUUCUUGUGUGAAAACAGGAGGAAGGAUUGUCCCAAGGUUCCAGGAGUUGACUCCAGAAAAGCUUGGAAGGGUACACCCUUGUCUUAGUCAAAAGUUUAAAUGUGCUUUCUGUAACUUAAUUCAUAGCUCAUUAUUUAUGGAAUAUAAUAAGAGAAUUGUGCAUGUGUUCAAUUCAAGAACCAUCGGAGUAUGAUUUCUGAUAUUGUACAUGCACGCUGGUUUACAUUAAUAACUUUUAGUCUUUUAGCCAUGCAUAAGGUUCAUAUGGUUUUUGACUGUACUCGAUCUCCUCAUCUAAUGAAGAUAUGUAGUCUUAUGAAGGGUAGGUACACGAGUGAAUCACAUUUCGGUUGUACUAAUGCACUUCUUAGUUCUCAUAUGGCAAGGAUAUCUAGUAUGGAUUAAGAAGAAGCAAGAGUAAGGAGUAGUUCUCUCUCUAUCGAACUUCGAUAAUAACCUUUGCCAGCAGCACCUUUUUGUGUAGUUGAACGUUGGUGCCUUUCUCACUUUGAAGGAGAGAAUUCCAAGAGGCUCAAAUUAUCUGGGGAUGCUUUUAAUGAUGCAUAUUCACAGAAUCAAUUUACUGCAGAUCAUUUUGUGAAGGAAGAAGUUGGUUGGCUUAAGGUGCAUAGGCAAAAGGCAUAGGAGAAUCGUCGUUGUGGUUGGACCAAGGCAUUAGGGUUAAAAUAUAAUUACUUUGGUUGAAAGUAAUGGGAUAAAGCUUCCAGGGAUGCUUUGAAACCUUUUUCAAUGAUGAGGAUUUACUUCUGAAAUUCGUGGUGAAAUUAGGUUACUAUUGAUGUUGGAAAAGAUAAGGGUUGUGAGGAGAAUAAGAUGAUAAUAUCUGCUGGUGCAAACCAUAGGCAGUGCUUUUCAAGUGGUUGAAUGAUGAGGGAGAGUGGAUUUAGCGAUAUUACUAUAAUACUGGAAAAUACUGUAGAUUGAUUGGUUCCUAGCAUAACUAAAAAAGUAAGGAAGCUUUGCAUAGAGUGUUGCUAGAUCAAAGAGUUUCUUAUGAACCAUGGAAUUAUGGAAGGCUAUUAAUUUCUAACUUUGUAAGCGAUUUUGCACAUCAAUUUUCUUUCGUUACUUUUGGAAAGUUGUCACCUUUCCUUUAUUUUCAUAGUAAGUCGGCUUUAGGAAUACCCUUGCUAAGGAAACAAUUUUGUUCCAAUAAGUCGUGCAAGUUUCUCUAUUAGGACAGUUAUUGAUCAAGUUCCAAUAAGUAUUUGAAAUGAAACCCAUUUGAUAGGUUCAUGUGUUGAAGAGCCUCCUAGUGGGUGAUGAUUACCCAUAUAACAAGUUCUUGAAGGAAGCUCAUUUAGGUGUCAGAUGAAACUUAUUCUUAAGCAUAUGAGAUGAGACAGAUUUGGGAAUGCUUUAGUUCAAGGUUAUAAGUUGAACCUGUUUCUUAGUUUAUUGGAUAAAAUUCAUUGGGCAAGCCUUUUUAUAAAUUAAUAUGACACAAGUCAGUCAACGGUUAUAUUACGUAAAUUUUAUUUGACUAGUUUAUGGGAUAAAGCACGUUUGAGAAGUUUGAGAGAGGAGGUAAUUUGAUAAGCUUCUGUGAUGAGAUCCAUUUGGAUAUGGGAUGAGGCUUUUAGUAUGAUUUCUGAAUAUUGAGUAUAAAGUUCACAUAAUGUUUGAGUAUUAAACUUAUACACCUACAAAUAUGUUAAACGAAUUCUGUGGAGAACACAUGGAGAUACUGUUGUUUUUUCAUUUUAAGUCUUUUGAAUAGUGGCCUGCAAAGAGGUUAUGUUCCUGAAGUCCUUGGCUGAUGUUUAUCUUUGGAUCAUAUUACUAGAAUCUAUGAUCAUUGGUAGUAGUGACGACAUUAAAUGUUGGUCUAAACCUUUACCUGAACUAAUUUGAAGACUUUCAUCCCUUAGGAGAAAUGAGCGUAAUUGUUUCCAUCUUGGUUACAAUCUGGUCAACAUCUGUAUAUCUUUUUACCACGUGUAUUGAAGAACUGGAUAAAUCGAGGAAUGGGAGUGGAUGCUUGAUAGAAAAUAGGAAGAAUGUUGGAACACAUCUCAAUACAUAUUAUGUGAUGCUUUUAUCAGACGCAGCCUUUAGGGGGGGGGGGGGGGGGAUAGCAGGGUAUAGUGUGGACAUUUUAGUCAUAGAUGUAUAUAGGCUUACAUCUCACACUCAAUACAAUCUAAUGAAUGCAAUGAAAAUCCAUAAAAAAAAUAGGUGGAGUGGAUUAUAUUUAUUUAUCAACACCGAUGAAGCCUUCUUGAAGAUUAAUAUCUUAGAUAUCCAAAAUAUAUACUUCUUCCCUCAAUAUUGUGGUGCAAACUGUACAAAAAUGCUUUUUCUUGAAUUCGUUGCCAGUUUUAUUUCUUUUAAUUUUCUCUAUUCAUGUGAAAUUGCUGAUCUAUAUGUUUUGUUUGGACUUAAUCAGGCUGGUAUUGUUAGAGAAAAAUCAUUUGGCACCACUAAGGAUCGGAUGCUAUACAUUGAGCAAUGUGCGAACUCGAGGGCUGUAACAAUAUUCAUUCGUGGGGGUAAAUUUUCUGCAUUCUUCUGAUAAAUAUGUAUUUUAGGAUACUAUUUGAUAAUUUAGGUAUUGUGCCAUUUUGCCGCAAUUCCUAUUUUUUCUUUGAAAGCAUGGUGAUUACUUAAGGUGCAUUGUUAUUUGCUGUUAGGGGGACAUGCAAUGCUGAAUUGUGUGAAAUUCCGUCCAAUAUUUCCGCACAAUUUCUUAACAUAAUCGUUAUGUGUUAUAACCUUUUGGCCUUGGGUUUUUUUCUUUAUAAUAUUUUUUCUUCUGAACACUCGUUCUUUGCUGCGCUGAAUCCCCAGCACGAGUGCAAAUAUCAUCCACCUUUUUCCCCGGCAUCACCCCCUGACAUGUCUGGCAUCUCCUUCCCUGCUAAGCACGCUCUCCAUCAUUUUCUUUUCCCUUAUCCCUAGUAGAAAUCCCCUUGUUCUUCCCGUUUUCGUUGUCAAGUAAUACUCCCUCACGUGAGCACACCCUUCUCAGCUGGUGGCUAACUACCCCGUCUUUUUCUCCCCUUUUCCCUGGUAAGAAUCACUGCGGUCUACCCUUCCUCAGCCUCUCGUAAGCUCACCACCCCUUUCAUCUGGUGGUCUUCUUUUUCGUCAUCCAGCUGCAACUCCUUUAUUUAGUGGACAAGCAUCCCUCCCCACCUGGAGUCUGCCUGCCCAUCCUGCUGCAUCCCUCUUUUCUGCAGUGGCUCCCCACCCACCCUCUCCAAUCUCGCAUCCAUGAGUCCACCUUAGUGAAUCUUCAUCUUGUCUCUGUACUAAUUUAACGGUGGGCUGAUUAUCCAGGGUUGAUAGAGCCAAUACUAGGAGAAAUUUCAAAAAUUUAGAAAGCCAAAGUCCAUGUACAUUCUGUUUGAUGAAUUUGAAGUAUGGUCUACAGCUUGAGUACUCAUUUUCAUGUCUUCAUAUUCUAGUAAACCUAGUCAGUAUGGCAGGCUGAUAAAGGCCUUGCUUCAUGGGGACGAGACUUCUUUUUCGACAAUAUGUGAUGGAAGUUUGCCCUUUUAAUGAAUGGUUCAGGUAAUAAAAUGGUGAUAGAGGAGACUAAACGAAGUAUCCAUGACGCCCUUUGUGUGGCAAGGAACCUGAUUCGCAACAACUCUAUUGUUUACGGUGGCGGCUCUGCUGAGAUAUCUUGUUCAAUUGCCGUAGAGGCAGCAGCUGACAGGCACCCGGGAGUUGAGCAGGUAUGAACUAGUUCGCUUUUGCUUGGGCUCCUGUCAGUGUUUUAAGUUUGACUUAUAUAUCUCUUUUGUUCGCCACAGUAUGCGAUUAGGUCAUUUGCUGAAGCCCUGGAGUAUGUUCCAAUGGCCCUGGCGGAGAACAGCGGUCUUCAGCCAAUAGACACCUUAACAGCAGUCAAGGCUCAGCAAGUCAAGGUGUGUUUGAUUGAUCUUUUAUAAGUAAAAUUAAUCAUGAUAAUGCCUGAAUAUAAGAAAAGGGUUCAACCCAUACAAAGUUGUCUGAUUUUUAGUAAAAACAUAUGGUGUGAGAUAUAAACAUAUGAACAUCAUAGUGUGAUAUGAAAUGAUGAACAGUGGAAGGCCAAACAAAACGUUCCUCUUGCUACUGAUGCCCGCCAAUUUAUGUGCAGGAGAAGAACCCCUACUGUGGCAUCGACUGCAACGACGUUGGGACGAACGACAUGAGAGAGCAGAACGUGUUCGAAACCCUAAUCGGAAAGCAGCAGCAGAUACUCCUGGCGACGCAGGUGGUCAAGAUGAUCCUCAAGAUCGACGACGUCAUCACGCCCUCCGAUUUCUGA